AGGAUUCACCUCUACUAUUGCUACUCCUGUAGGCACGUCCGCUGGUACUGUUGUGAUUGAUACUCCUAGUGCUACUCCCUCUUGGGUGACUGAAACAAUCACUUCCGGCUCUAAAGGAUUCACCUCUACUAUUGCUACCCCUACCGGCACAUCUGCUGGUACUGUUUUGAUUGAUAUUCCUAGUGCUACUCCCUCUUGGGUUACUGAAACAGUCACUUCUGGUUUUAAAGGAUUUACCUCUACCAUUGCUACCCCUACCGGCACAUCCGCUGGCACUGUUUUGAUUGAUAAACCAGUACAGACGACAACUACUACAACUACUACAUUUGAUGGAUUAAAUGGUGGUUAUACCAGUUCAUACGGUGGAAGCGCCACUGAGACAAUCCUGAUUGGUACCCCCAAUCACUCAGUUGUGGAUAUCUUUUAAAAUAUACAAAUAAAUGGUCACUUUAAUAUAAUAAUUUUUUAGAUUUUUAGAUUUAAAAUAAAACAGUCUUUUGAAAUUUUAUGAUAAUAUAAGUUCAAAGUAUUAGUGCGAUC